GUUGCAUCCAUGUGUCUUUGGUAUGUAUCACCUCUCAUCGAAUUGGGCGAUUCAGAAAUAUAUUAUGCACUUCUUGGCGAACAAAAUAAAUGGACAGCUAUUAGUCAACAACGAAUUAUAUCAAUAGCCAAUCAACCACAAAACAAAAUAGCAAUUAUAAGAAUUCGAGGUGCACCUGGUGAAACAGUUUUAAUGGGAGUUUAUCACAGUGAUUUAAAAUUCAUCACUAUAGGCUGCAGUAUACCGCCUGAUAUUGAUCAAAUUGAAAUAAUUAUUUCAGUAGCAGAUGUUAUAUGCAAUUAA